AUGGCUCCAUACGAGAUGUUAUAUGGUAGAAAGUGCCGAACCCCAGUUUGUUGGGGAGAAGUUGGUCCGCGGGGUUUAGCUCAGACUGAUAUAAUCCGAGCUACAAAUUGUAAGAUCGACUUGAUCCGCACUCACUUAAAAGCAGCUCAGGAUCGACAAAAAUCCUAUGCGGAUAAACGAAUGAGGCCAAUAGAAUUUCAAGUGGGCGAUAAGGUAAUGUUGAAAGUAUCGCCGUGGAAGGGGAUAAUUCGAUUUAGAAAAAGAGGAAAAUUGAGCCCAAGAUUUAUCGGGCCAUUCGAAAUCGUGGAACGGGUUGGAAAGGUAGCAUACCGUCUCGAGCUACCUGAGGAGUUGAGUGGAGUACACAGCACAUUCCACGUGUCACAUCUUCGUAAAUGUUUAGCGGACGAAACUGCUCGUGUCCACUACAACGAUAUCGAGGUGGAUAACAGCCUUAACUACGCGGUAAGGCCAAUUGAAAUUCUAGAUCGUAAAGUGAAGAGUUUGAGAAACAAAAAGAUCAACCAAGUGAAGGUUAAAUGGGAACACCGUAAGGGUGCGGAUACUACGUGGGAGUCCGAAGAAGAAAUGCAACGGCUCUACCCAACGUUAUUCGGUACGUAG